CAAUUACUUAUCAAAUUAUUUACAUCCCUAUACCAACAAUGACGUGCGGCGUCAGUCAUGUGAUCAUGUGACCGCAACGCUUUUGAGGUGACGCGCGUUUGUCAAACUGACGGAUAGUAGCAGAAUCACUGGACUGGAGUUAUUAUAAAAGCAUGCGCUGGCGAGACUCGCUUUAACUACAGCCAAUUUCGUCUGCUGGAGAGGAACACUCAUAGCUGUGUUGCACACUCACAUACAAACUAGUUUCACUUCAGACUACGGCUGUCCCCAAAGACAGAAUCAAUAGUGUGAAGAACUCAACAAUGCUCCAUUGAUACUGCAAUUCAGAAACCGAGAGAAUUUGAGCAACAUGGCAAUGGACUCGGUUUUGCAACCCAGCCACUUGGACAGAAGUGGUAGUUUUCUUCAGCUUGUCGAUGCAUUUGCAUUGUCACUGGGUGCAUUGGAGCAGCAAAUGGUUCAUGCCACGGAGGAAAAAAACAGAGAUCCAGACAUUUCUAUGCUUGUAGAGAUAGAGGGAGAGAUGAGCCCUGUGUGUCUGCAGUAUCCUGCAGUUGAUGGUACAAGAGUAAGUGUGAGUGUGUUGGACAAACUGAUACACACACACCCCAUCUGGCUUCUGCUUACCAUCGACCAGCAAGAAGCCACUGGCAUCCUACUGCAGCAACCAGCUGGGGUGUUUUUAGUGUGGAAGUCAUCUGUCCUGCAAAAGAAGAUCCUGUCAUUCCACAUGUAUGGUACCUCAGACUCCUCUGUCAUUCACAUCCCUGUAAAGGAGAGCCAGUACACAUUUUCUUUGGAGGGCUCAGGAAUCAGUUUUGCUGACCUCUUUCGUCUUGUGGCCUUUUAUUGUAUCAGCAGAGACAUUCUGCCGUUUACCCUGAAGCUUCCUGAGGCCAUCCACUCAGCUGAGACACUGUCAGAUCUACAUGAAUUGGUCCAGCAAGGAGCAGCGUUCUGGGAAUCUUCUCUCAACAAACAACAAGGGACAUUUUCUGCCAAGGACAGUUCGAUCUCUUUGCAUAGCGGCUGCACUAAUGUCUUACAUCAAACCUGCACCCCAACUGGGAAGCUAAACAUUGCGCUACCUUUGCCCGACACCUGUUGUAAUACCUCAGAAGGUGAAAGAAAUUGCUCAAGCAGUGCUUUGUCUUUUAUCAACCCUGUCUUUCUCAAGCAAGAUGUCACUGGAAAUUCAGAAACGGUGAUCGCAAAGGACCCAACCGCAGAAAACGGAAAAUCUCGUCCCCCUCCUCCACCAAGGCCACCUCCUCCUCGCAUUUUGGUUCGUAGCCCUAGUGAACCCUCGACGACGAUGCCUUUGAGUGCUGGCAUUGCCGGAGCAAGUCAGAAACACAAUCCUCCACCAAAACCUCCACAACCGCCAGACAUUGACAGCUACCGCUGCACCAUUGCGUUGGAUGAUGAAACCAUCUCUAGAGCCCUUUCUCAAGUAAAUCGAAACCAUACAUCUCCUUUAAACCCGACCACCAACACCAUCCUGCAGCAAUGGACUGGACCCGAAGAAAAAGGGCGAACCUCAAGUGGCCGAAGCUUGUCUGCUUCCUCAUUGGACUCUAUGGAUUGUCCUCCGCAUCCUAUCCCAUUGCGAUUGUCCCAAAGUAUAGGCAAAGGCCUCUCCACGGAUGACAGCAGCGAUGAGUAUGAUCAGGAGGAGGAUGACUACGGUGUGGGACUUGAAAGGGAUCUGCAUCUUCGCCUUCGUGCUUCCCGCAAGUCAAAGAAACUCCUUUCGGUCGAGCUAGUGGGAGCUCGUUCGAGAUCGCUCGAUGUCCCACGAGUGCUAAGGGGACACUUCCAUAAGGUCCGAGGUGUUUUCAGUGUACUGGCUACACCUGAAAAACGCAUCUUGCUUCGGAUCAUUGAGUUGUCCCAAGACAAAACAUCCUACUUUGGGUGUCUAGUGCAGGACUAUGUGAGCUUUGUGCAGGAGAAUAAAAACUGCCACUCGUCCGGCCAGGAUCUUUUGCAGACAAUCCGGCAAUUCAUGACCCAGAUGAAAGCUUACCUCAAACAGAGCUCGGAGAUGAACCCACCUAUAGAGUCUUACAUACCUGAGGACCAGAUUGAUCCAGUGUUGGAGAAGGCCAUGCAUAAGUGUGUGCUGAAACCUCUGUUUGGCUGCUUGCAGUCAAUGCUGCAUGACUUCCAGGUGGCUGGUGGAGUGUGGCAGAGGCUGCAGGAGAAUCAGGCCCUGGCCAAGACCAAACAGCCUCACGAGCUUGGCGUGAAUGGAGCCCGGCCACCAGACGCCCACGCUAUCCAGAGGAUCCGCCGAAAGCUCCGAGCCAUGUGCCGGGUGUACUCACCUGAGAGAAAGAUUAUGGUGCUGUUAAAAGUCUGCAAACUCAUCUACAAUAUUAUGCAAGACCAUGAAGUGCGGAUGUUUGGAGCGGAUGAUUUCCUGCCCAUGUUGACAUAUGUGUUGGUCCAAUGUGAGAUGCCUCAGUUAGACACUGAGAUCCUGUAUAUGAUGGAGCUGAUAGAUCCCCCAUUACUGCACGGAGAAGGAGGCUAUUAUCUUACCAGUGCAUACGGAGCAAUGUCACUGAUUAAGAAUUUCCAGGAAGAGCAAGCUGCACGAGCACUCAGCUCCACAACACGCGACACGCUCCACCAGUGGCACCAGCGUCGCACGCUGCAGAGAGACGUACCCUCAGUGGACGACUUCCAGAACUACAUGCGAGUGGCUCUGCAAAAGAAAGACAGCGGCUGCACGGCUAAAACCCUUCAGGUGCAGCCCUACGCCACGACGGAAGAGGUGUGCCGCCUUUGUGCGGUCAAAUUCCGUGUGUCUGACCCAGAAAACUACGGCCUGUUUCUUUACACGGACGACAGCAGCCAGCAGUUGGCCGCAGACACACACCCACAGUGGAUAAAGGCAGAGUUACACAGUCGACCGAACCGUCAACACUUUUACUUUGUCUACAAGUCAGUACUUAACAAGAACUGUUCCACUCCUUCGUCUUGAAAGCAGGACAUUUCCUGAACACUCAAUAGACGGAAAGUGUUUAAUGAGGGUGUAACUUUAGGGAAUGUGUAUAAAGACCGCAAAAUGAAAAGGUCUCACAGACACAGUGGCGCAAACAAAAGAAUUCUGUAAUUGUCACUUUACAAGAGGAAAGUACAUUUGGGUUGUUAAAAUGAGACUUGGGUCACAGGGUUGUAAAUUUAGCCUCUGUGAAGUAGGGACUAGCUAGUCUGGGACCAAAUGCUCAUUUAUAUUUAUAGAUAUAACUUACAAAAUUUAAGUAGAUUAUUAGGGUAAGACUUUGCAAUAUGGUUAAUAAUAAUCUCAAUGUGUACUACUACAAUUUUAAGAGUUGUGUCUGUUACCAUUUAUUAAUGCACUGUGAAAUAACUAACAUUUGAGAAAGCCAACUUACUGAUCUACUAUUUAAGAUUAUUAUUAUUAUUCUUCUUCUGAGCCAAAUUUCGGUAUCUAUCUUCUCCUAGAGCUUUCAAGCUAGAACCACCAAACUCGGCCCAGACCUUCAGACUGGUCUGAUUCGUGUGCUGUAUCUUUUCAGCCUGAUCCAGCUUAUGGUUUUCAUAAACCAGACUAUCAAAACCACCAAAAAUCCCAUAGAUUUACAUUGACGGAAUGUUCAAAUGAGCCAACACUCUUCAAACUCCAAAUGACAAAAUUCAAAUCUAAAUUCCCAGAAUUCCUUGAGGCUCAGUCAAGCUUCCCUUCUAUGUACUAUUUCUAAUCAAUUUAGACUCAUUUAAGCUUCCACUCUAAUAUUUCUAAUCGAUCUAGCUAUCUAAAUCAUGCUAGCAACAUGCUAGUAACUUGCUAAUCAUGCUAACAACAUUCUAGUAACCUGCAAAUUAUGCUAACAGCAUGCUAAUAAUGGUAACAACAUUGUAAUCAGCAUUUAAAAUACAAGCAACAAGCUAAUCUUGCUAAAACAUGUUAACAACAUGUUAAAUCAUGUAAGCAAUGUGUUAAAUCAUGCUAGCUGCUUUCAUACUUUUACAUUUGCUUUAAACUUUCAGGCUAGGCUUUCUCAAGCCAACUUAAAGUUUGUUCUCAAACUUGACUCAGCUAGCUGAUAAUUGAUAGUUCAUGUUAGUUAAUGCAUUAACUGAUGGUGACAAAUGAGACCUUACUGUAAAGUGAUACCAAGAUUAGUUUGGUCACUGGGUUGAAUAGUUACGCUUGUUGAUUGCUGCCAAUUUCUGUAAAAAAAAAUGAAAAUGUACAAUAAUUAUUUUUACUUUACUUGUAUUUCCUACUAAAGGGAUCUAAAUGAUGUUAUUUCUUGGGCAUCACAAUUUUGAGCAGUAAUGUUGGAAAAUGAUGUAAAAGGCUUGCAUACAAAAGUGCAGAAGACUGCUAAUUAUGCUAAAUAUAUAUUUUUGGUUUAAAAAAAGACAAAUAUUUGUAUAUUUAUCAGUUCCACAGAUUAAAACUGUAAUGUGAUAAUUCAUCAUUUUAUAUGCUAAUAUAAUUGCAGUUAUUUGUAGAAACAACAUGUAAAAAAUGGUGUUUAUUCGCAUUAUGUUUUGAAUAGAAAUGUUUAAUAUAAAAGACAUUUAUUGGGUAUUAGUGUCAGUGGUUUUGAACCUGUGAGUAUGUUUUUUUUUCAUCUUUUGAUUCAUUGUGAACUCAAUGUAGCAUCGGUCCCUAAAAAUGCCAGGACUGGAAUGAAAGCCAUAUUGUGCCGUUGUUCUGUAUAUUCAAAGGUAUCAGGGAUUCUCCCUAGUCGAACCACAGAGUGUUGUAUAUAGUCAGAUAUUUCUGCAUUCAGGUCGAGUGAGUGUUGGAGUGUUUAGAAAUCAUGCUCGAUCAUGUUUUUGCUUUUUCUUUAGCACACAGAGAUGUGUCAGUGUGAUCUUGCAAAAGGAGCUUUUUUUCACUUUGUUCUUGUGAAAUGGGAACACUUUGCUGUCUAUACUUCUGCCAAUGUCUGAAUGUGCUACACUGUAAAUGUGUAAUAUAUUUGUGUCCCAUAAUAUGUACAACGCACUUAGUGUUGAGAAUGUGAUUUUUACUAGUCUCCUGAACUGUCAAUGAUGAUUUAAACACUGAACUUGUGCAUAUUUUAUUUACUUUGUUAUUAUUUGCACUGCAGGAAAUAAAAAGUGUUUUAUUCUUUUUA